AAAGAAAGGGGACGGUUUUAAUUUUGCUAACUCUUUUGGUUCCAUUAUGAGAAUUCGAUGAAGAAGAUACGAGAGAAGUGAGAUGACGAGGUUGCUAUCUAGGACGUUUCCGUCCGUGAAGCUCCGCGAUACCAACCCCAAAGCUCCGGUCCUCAAAAUUUUGAAAAAUCCACAAACCGAAGUCUCGAUUUCACCAUCAUCUUCGCAACAAUCGCAAGAGAAUUUAAAAAUCCCCAAUCCCAAAUCCUGGUCCGUUUAUCUCAUUCUCUCCACAAACGAACCCAUCAAAACAUAUGUUGGCAUCACCACAGAUUUUGCUCGCCGGUUAAAGCAGCACAAUGGUGAAAUCAGAGGUGGUGCAAAAGCUUCAAGUGCUGGAAGACCAUGGCUUUGUGCUUGUAUCAUCACUGGAUUCACUUGUUUAAGCCAAGCUGCCUCGUUUGAAUCGAAAUGGAAGAUCUUCUCAAGAAAGUUACCACGGAGAAAGAAAGAUGAGGAGAUGAGUCAGAGUGAUGCUUUGCUUCUACACCGGAGGAGAGCAUUGGAUAAAGUCGAGGAAUCACUUGAAUGCAGCCAUCUUGAAACUGAUUGGAAAAUCUAAUCAGGUAACCAACCAACAACUAACUUAAUUAAGUUAUCAGCGGAAUCACCGAUGUUCUGUGCAGCGCCCGUGUUUACUUAUGUAAUGAAUAUUUAUGUUGGGACUUGAUGACAAUAGGGAAAAGAGUGUAACUAGCAUUUGGGUUUUUCUUGUUUGUAAACUACAUCGCACAAGCCCAUGAACAUUGAUUUUACAGCUGUUGUAAAUUCUAAAGAUGAAUGGAUGAUGAUACACCAAAUUUAGAGUUACUGUAAUCAAGAUUGGUUGAUUUA